GAGAGACAGUGGGUGGGCAUUUUUUUUUCCACCAUUAAGAUUGGUCUAACCGAAGAAAACCAAGUUCUAUCGAAGAAGAAAUCAAUUGAAAAAAAAAUGACUGCAAAUUCAGAAUCAGAACCUCAAACAUCUUCAUCUUCUUCCUCAAAUUCAACUAUAUCAACAACAACAACAGCUGGUUCUUCUUCAACAUCUGGUUUAAUUUUGUCAAACACAGAAAUUAUACUAUCUUUCCUCAAUUCAUCAUCAUCAUCUUCAUCAAAUCUCCCUGAAAAUCUCCGGCAAUCUGCAGUUUCUCUCUCCUCUCAAUCUUCCCUCCCUUAUCAAUCUCUGAGAUCCAUCUGGGUUGCCUCUAACCCCACUACUAGACCCUCUCUCUCUCUCCUCCUUCGCGGUUCUUCUUUCCUCUUCAACAGCCCUAAACCUCGAGAAAAGAGUGAAGAGCUGAAAGCAAGGUUGAAGAAGCUAGAGGAGUUAGCUGAGAGGAAAGCAUAUGCAGAGCUUGUGAAAGAUAUUACUCCAAAGGAGCCAAAUGAGCCCUUUUCAACUUACAAGGACCAACUUGGAUUUGGUUUACAUGUCGUGGUCAUAAUGUUUACUGGUUACCUUGUUGGAUACAUUGCCUUCAGGGCAUUGUUUGACCGUAACCCGAUCAUGAGUACUGCAGGAGGCAUCCUAGGUUUGGUUCUUGGCAUGCUUGUGGAAACCCUUUUAUUCAUCAUUAGAACUACUGAUUACAGUGAAAAAUCAUCUAAACCUCGCCCGCCUUCUAACUUGAAGUUCAAGAAAAAUCAAUAGGAUCUUAGGUUGAGAUUCCCCUCAGGCACGCCUCCUUCUCUUUCUCUUACUUGUGUUCCUCACUUAAAAGAGAUAGGUGUUCUUGAUUUCCAUGUGUUGUUGUAUACACUUUUUUCCCCAAUAAAUAAGGCUUAUUUAAUUGUACACACAACGGAGUAUAUAAUUAAGCUAAAUGUAGCUAGAGUCAAAGCACAAUAGAACCUUCAGUUUCUUGUAUACAUUAAGAAGCCAUAUCAAAGUUUAAAUCUUUACUUAGCUGAGAGGUUUUUUCAAUCCUCACGGAGAAAAACUGAUAAACUGCACAUGUGUUUUGAAGAUUGCGUUGAAAAAUAGCGAUUUUUUUUUUUUUAAAGGUUUAUUGAAAGAAGCGGCUUUACCUGCCAAUUUUAAUUGAUU